AGAAAACAAAACGUAGCGCGGACGUUAAUUCACAACCCCACUGCCCGUCAAGAACCAAAAUUGCCGACCGCGGAAAGGUCUUCCCAACUUCCCACCAACAACACUACGCCGUGCCCGCCCCGGCGGAGAGAAAUUGCUUUAGGCGUCGCGUGUCGUGCACACUCCAUACCGGCGGCGCGUGGCGGAUCUCACCAUCGCAUUUUGACUACACCCUUGGAGCUGGAGCUUAGCUCAUUCGACGAGCCGGCCCUCUUUUUUGUUUCCGCCGCUGACACCUCCUUCCCUUUUUUUUAUAAAGUUCACCUUCCCACUGAGCCUACUCCUUAUUCUAGCUCGAUCGCCGAUCUCAGCGCCGCCGUCCUCUCUCUACCUCCGAAAUUAGAUCUUAUCCCAGCAAUUGAAGUUACCUGGAGGAAAACGAGGGAUAGGUUUGUCGCUGAGAUGUCUUGUGGCUCAGAUUGCUAG